GAACUGACUAGCCCCGACCAUUGGCACAACAGCUUUUAAAGCGCAACGCCGGCCCCGACUGCCAGCCAGUCAUUAAAUUCAACCCGCACUGCACGGUUCUCCCUCGUUUCGAAGAAAUAACCCCAAACCCCACACUCCACACACACACACACACAAUGGAUCACACCUGGGUCAGCCAAAAUGUCUUCGACCAGCUGCCGCCCGGCGCCAUUGUCGCUGGACACGACGCAGACAGUGAUCCCAUCUAUGUGGGCCGCGCCUACCACAAUGGAGACAUGCUGCCGGCCAAGGUUAUUCCAAAUAAGAACCAGGCCUAUGUCGCCUGGGGCGGCGAGGAGAUCAACAAGCACGAUGUCGAGAUCCUCACUGGUGACCACUACGUCUGGAUCCCAUCCAGCGGCGGCCACGUUCCUCCCCAUGCCAUCCGCGUGGGUCAGACCUCGGACGGGGAGCCUCUCUUCAUUGGCCGCGGCUACUUCAGCGGCAGCCUGACGCCCGGCAAGGUGCAUCCCUCGCACCACUGCCUGUACAUUCCUUUCGGCGGAAAAGAGCACAGCCUGGAGGCGUACGAAGUGCUGGUCCAGCCGGAGACCUGGGUCUCCUCCUCCGGUGGCCACAUCGUGCCCGGAACAGUCCAGGGCGGCCACGACUCCGAUGGCGAUCAAAUCUUUGUGGGCCGUGCCUACCACGAAGGUGACUUGCUGCCAGCCAAGGUUGUUCCCAGCAAGGGCUGCGCCUAUGUGGCAUACGGCGGCUCCGAGCACGUCAAGCACGACUUUGAGCUGCUGGCAGGAUACGGCUAUGGCUGGGUUCCCGACAGCUUUGGCAAUGUGCCACCAAAUGCCAUCGUCUGCGGCCGCACCUCCGAGGGCGAGAGUCUCUUCAUUGGCCGUGGCUACCACAGCGGCAGCCUGACUCCCGGCAAGAUCCAUCCGUCCCACCGCUGCCUCUACAUCCCCUUCGGCGGCGAUGAGGUGCGCCUAGACGCCUAUGAGGUCCUCGUCAGGGCCUAGUUUCUGUAUUUCGUCAGCAACAUAAUUUAUAUUCUCCAUCAGUCACAAAUUCAACUUUGAUUCAUUAAAGACUCAGGCCAACGAA